AAUCAAAGAUUCACAGCCGUUUCUCACUAUUUUUCUUCGCUUCCCUUCCCAUAUAAAUUGCCCUCUCGGAGUUUGGGGCAACUUCGUGUCCUAUCCCGCUUCUCUUUACCUUUACUAUUAGCCCUUGGGUUCCCUCUUUAUUUACGGAUAUACCAUUCAGGUUAUGAUUGCUUGUAGUCAUCGGAAACCCGAGAGCCGCCGCACCGCUCCCGCUCUCGGUUUCCCUCGCGUUAGGUUCUUCCGUUUCAGGCGCUUGAGGUAAUCGUUGACUUCCGCUUCACCCCUGCUCUCCCAAGCAAGAAAAAAAACAGACAAGUUUUUUCUCUUUUCUUUUUUCCUUGUUUAUUUUCUCGUUUGAAUUAUUGUACAAAUAUUAUACUCGAAGAUGCCCAAUUCGAAAAAUAACCGUAAGGAACCGGAGAAGAACCGGAAGGUGAGGUUAUCUGAAAAGGCGUCGUCGUUUCACGGGAGAAUCCCGACGAUGCCACCAGCGGAGCUGAGGCGGCCGAAGACGGUGCCCGAUCUAAUUCCAGAUUGGACUGUUGCCUUAUCACCGGAUUCGAGGCCGAAGUUGAUGAAGCUCCUGUUGAACGUGACUAUUCAAGGGAGUCUUGGAGCUGUGCAAGUGGUGAUGUCACCUGAGAACACUGUCUCCGACUUAAUAACUGCUUCUGUUAGGCAGUACUCGAAAGAAUGUCGCCGUCCGAUCUUACCUUCAACAGACGCCUCGUUGUUCGACCUCCAUUAUUCUCAAUUUAGCUUAGAAAGUUUAGAGAGGGAGGAGAAACUGAUGGCUCUGGGAUCGAGAAACUUCUUCUUGUGCACCAAAAAGGCGGCGGCAAAGGACGGUGAGAAGCAAACGACGUCGUGCUCCAAAGAAGCGGAAAAGGUUGCAAAGAGCGUAAUACCUUGGCUCAAAUUCAUGAAUUUCUAGUUUAAAAGAAGAAUCAUGGAAAUUUCUUUU